AUGCGCACUGGAGAAAUCGCAGUGAAAACCGCCAAUAAAUGGACAGUGCCUGACAAUGCAUCGGAAUAUACAACCAUUGUCUACGAGCAAAUGAACAAGACCAACGAGGAGUCCUUGAUACACGAAGGACGCAUCUAUCGACAUCUUGCACUGGUAGAAGGUGUCUUGCAGCCGCUUCACAUCUCUGAUACGGAAAUCCGGAUGCCGUAUAUAAGCCACAGAUCGCUGGAUAAAUACAUGAGCGCAACUAAGACCGUGGGCGCUACUCAACAUAGACAAUAUCUGGCGUGGUUUCGAAACGCUGCAGACAUUAUCUCUAGAGUCCAUGGGCAGCGGGUUAUCGUUGCUGAUAUUGCAGCACGGAAUUUCCUAGUCAACAAAGACCUAUCGCUUCAGUUGUGUGAUUUUUCUGAAUCACUUAUCAUACCAGAGGACGACGUUCCAGAAGAAUUCCUGUCCGAAGAUUUCCUCUCGGUCAAAUUCGACAUCGCUCGUUUUGGGUCCAUGAUGUACGAGAUCGUGUCUGGCCAUCGAUAUGAAUUCUACAUAAAUCCUGAGAUCGACAGUGACUUGGACGAGGGCGAAUCGAAAACUUACAAAGAAUGGCCGACCAGCGACCGGUUUCCAGACACAAGCGAUAUAUUCUUCGGUGAUAUAAUUCGCAAGUGCUGGCGCCGCGAUGGGUUUUGCAACAUGGAGGAUGUUUGUGCCGCCUUGCAAAUGGAAGCCAGUUUGGACUGGCGUCACAUAGUCCGUGUGGCACGCCCAAUAAUCACGACGAUACUGUUCUCUAUGAUAGUCGCCCGCCGUCUUCCAUGGCGAAAAGCCGUGGAUGCCCUUCUAUUUAGACGGUAG